AUGGCUGAUAAUAGAACCUUAAGGCAGUUAGCUGCUCCUGAUGUGAAUUACAAUGGUGAAGAUCCACAUAGACAUCUCAAAGAAUUUCAGGUUGUGUGCUCUACACCGUUGAGGCCUGAAGGAAUAACUGAAGACCAUAUCAAACUUCGAGAUUUUCCUUUUUCAUUGCAGGGUGCAGCAAAGGAUUGGAUUUAUUAUCUCGAGCCAAACUCAAUUGCAAGUUGGACAACCUUGAAAAAAGUGUUCUUGGAAAGAUAUUUUCUUGCCUCCAGAGCUGCCUCAAUAAGAAAGGAGAUUUGUGGUAUUAGACAAGGCAAUGAGUCGCUAACCGAGUAUUGGGAGAGAUUCAAGCACUUGGUAUCUAGCUGCCCUCAACACCAGAUCAUUGAGCAACUCCUCAUCCAAUACUUUUAUGAGGGGUUGCUACCGAUGGACAGGAACAUUCUUGAUGCUGCUAGUGGUGGAGCAUUAGUCGAUAAAACUCCAGCUGCUGCCAAAGCCUUUAUUGAAAAUAUGUCUCUUAAUUCUCAACAGUUCACCACUAGGGACAAUUCUGUGCAAAGCAAAGGCGUGAGUCAAAUUCAAGUUUCUUCUAACAAAGCCUUAGAGACUAGAAUUGAAGAACUCACUGCCUUAGUCAAACAGCUGGUAGUAGCAAAACCUCAAACAACAACUUUGUGUGGCAUUUGUACUUCUCCUAAGCACCCGACCGAUACUUGUCCUAUUCUAAGAGACGAGUCCAUUACUGAGCUGCCACAAGCUUAUGCAGCCAACCUUUACAAUCAAAAUAGGUACAACAACACUCCUGACCUGUCCACCAACGAAUGCCAUCCCAAUUGGAGGAACCAUCCCAACCUUCGAUAUGGAAACCCGCAAACCAGCCAACAACAGAACUCACCUAAAGUGGCUUCCCCUGCACCUUCCGGACCAUCCUUGGAGGAUCUUAUUAAGCAAAUGGCCGUGAACAACCUUCAGUUCCAACAAAGAACCGAUGCCAGCAUUCAGACCUUGAACACACAAAUGGGACAGCUUGCUACUCAAAUAAAUAACAUGCAAGCUCAAGGUUCGAACCAACUUCCAGCCCAGACAGUUUUCAAUCCGAAUGGUCCUAAUGCUAAUGUGAGCGCAAUUUCUUUGAGAUCCGGAAAACUUGCAGAACCAGCCCCUGAAAAAAAUAAAAAAAUCAUUGAGAUUCCUAAGUAUGCAAAGUUUUUGAAAGAUUUGUGUACCAACAAGAGGAGGAUUAAGGGAAGUGAAAAAGUAAACUUAGGACGAAAUAUUUCUGCCUUUAUUCAGCCCAAACAAUCAUCCAAACAGACUGUAUGCGAGCAAAAUGUUUCAGCCCUCACUACUCAGCAUACAGGUUUAAUCAUUCAAUUGGCAAACAGGAGCAACGCUCGACCCGCCGGGGUAGUCGAAGACGUUCUUGUUCAAGUUAACGAUUUGAUUUUUCCUGCAGAUUUCUAUAUUCUAGACAUGGAAGGAGAAACCAAGGAGCAUUCCCUUUUUCAUAUUGAGCUGAUUUCUGAAUUAGUUGAUGACUCUAGUUCUGAACUAUUUGCGCUUGAUUUUCCAUCUCUCUUUGGUUUUGAUGAUAUUUAUUCAUGUUCUGAUUGUACUGACACUAACGUUUGUGUUGUCUAUGCUGAGAUUGAUGCUGCCUUACAGGCUGAUACAUUUCCGACAGGUGAAGUUGUUACCAAUAAACUUGUUUUUGCAGUUGAUGCUCUUGCAUUCCCGACUGCCCCAAGCACUCCAUCCACCGAGCAGCCCCCGUCCUUAGAGCUAAAAGAGCUCCCUGAGAACCUGAAAUAUGCUUACUUGGAGAGUAAUGAGAAACUCCCUGGUAAUGACUACUAUAACUAUACUAGUAUAUUUAAAAGAAGGAAAAUUACAAGUUUGAAAAAAUAUUCUAAUCCUAGCUAUGGUUAUCUUACUACUACAAUUUCAUUGUAG